ACACCCCUCAAUGGCAUCAUUGGUAUGUCCUCGCCAUCUUUGGCACUAUCACCCGCACUGACAUCUCAUGUUUGUAUACCAGGAUUGAGCGCUCUGCUGGCAGAAACACCGUUGAAUUCGGAUCAGAAGGAUCUGACGAAUUCUAUACGAGAUUGUAGUGAUGGGUUGUUGAUUAUAGUCAAUGACGUGCUUGAUUUUUCAAAGAUCGAGGCUGGCAAAUUGGAACUCGAAACUCGCCCGUUCGACCUUUUCAACUGCAUCGAGAGCUCGCUGUACCUCCUGCACCUCAAAGCGUCCCAGAAGGGCCUGGUGCUGACGCAUAACAUCAUGCCGGAGACGCCGAAAUGUGUUACCGGCGAUGUGACGAGAUUGAGGCAGAUUUUGAUUAAUUUAGUGGGGAAUAGCGUAAAAUUCACAGCGGAAGGCCAAGUAGUCGUCACCGUCUCCGCCUCCCCGCACCCCACCCUCCCCAACAACUACGAACUCUCCUUCGAAGUCCUCGACACCGGCAUCGGCAUCCCUCAAGAAAGCAUCCCGGGCCUCUUCCAAUCCUUCACGCAGGUCGAUUCCUCCACCACGCGGAAAUACGGUGGCACUGGCCUUGGCUUGGCGAUCUGCAAGCAGUUGGUGGAGAUGAUGGGGGGUAGGAUAUGGGUGACGAGUGAGCAUGGCAAGGGGAGUAGAUUCUGUUUCACGAUUGCGGCGUCGGCGGCGAAGGAGUCGAAGAAGAAGGCGAGCGUGGCCGAGGCGGUUGUGAGUGAUUUGGCGCAGAGGUAUCCGAUGAGUGUGCUGAUGGCUGAGGAUAAUGCGGUCAACAUAAAACUAGCCGUCCGCAUGCUCUCCCGUCUCGGCUACGAAAUCAAAGUCGUCGUGAACGGAGCCGAGGCCGUCGAGGAAGUCAAGCGCGGGAACUAUGAUCUCGUGCUUAUGGAUAUGCAGAUGCCGGUAAUGAAUGGUCUGGAAGCCACUAGACUGAUUCGCGCCGAGAAGAGUAUUGAGAUGCAGCCUGUUAUCAUCGCGUUGACUGCGAAUGCGAUGGAUACGGAUCGGAAGAAGUGCAUGGAGGCUGGGAUGGACCAUCAUCUGUCGAAGCCUAUCAAGAUGGAAGUUUUGGCGGAUGCGUUGGAGUUCUGGGGCGCCAAAAUCGCCACCCGCAAAUACGUCCAUAUCCACAACCACCGCCUCUCCAGCCUCAGCAUGGGCAGCAACAAUACCUCCGGCGACGGCCGCUCCAACCAGUCCUCCUCCCCCAUCAAAGACAUGACCGCCCUCCAAAAAGACAUCCUCGGCAGCGGGCGACUCGGGCGGGGUUCCUCAUCCACCUCCAGUUUCCCCCAGGGCGGGAUCAAUGUCAGCGCUGGCCCAACCAACAGCAGCGGCGGCGGCAACGCUGCCGGCGGGCUCAGCGGGUUCUGGACCCUCGGCCGCAACCGCCGCUCGAGCACGAGUGUCGGGCCCAACACCGCCGCGUCACAGUCUGCACACGCCGGCCUGCAACUAGCGAUAUCCACCCAGCAGCUGUUAGCACCCGACGCGGCCCGCCGACGCUCACGGCCGGUCGAUACCGCCCCUGCGGUUGCGGAAACGAGCCCGGAUGGGAGUACCACCGGUGUGAAUACUGCGACGGGGAGUAAGGGGUUUCUGGGGUAUGGGCGGAGAUCGAGCGCAGGGGCCUCGCCGUCUCCGCCGCCACCGUCGGCGUCGGACGCACCACCACCACCGUCAGCGGCGCAGAAUAGGCCGUCGUCUGUGUCGCUUGACCGACACCCACCGCCACUUGCGACACCCGCGAUGGAACAGGUGCGGCCAAAUCAACAGCUGCUUGUGCCGCAACUUCACCCUGCCGCCGCUGCUCUUGCGAGUCCGCAAGUGGGUGCGGAUACGAACACGGGGGUUACCAGCGAUGACGUGCCCACACCGUGAUGGAUGUGGGGGCGUCACACCUGCCACAUGCAGCGACACCGCAUCAUGUACACCGCUUUCAUUUGACCCCCCCGCCCCCCCCCCC